AUGACUGAGAGCGAACGAAAGGCAUCUGCGUCGUUCACUGAAAAUGUACUUGGCCAGGAUGGUGUUUUCGUUCUUCGCCUCAUUUCCAUCAAUGCCGGGAGACAAGUUGCAUCACAAAUCCUCGAACGCCUUUGGAGCCGAUUUAACCAGGCAGCAGACAAUCACCCUGUUACCCGAAGUGCAGUUAGCAAAGAAAGGCGACCACAGUUGAGCAAGCUCUAUAUACCGCCGAUAGCGGCACGCUUAGGGAGACCUGUUGGUUUAUUGGGCAAAACGAAUGAAAGCACGAAGCCUCCGGUGGAGGAACAUAACAUCACUUCACCCGUAUCUUCCACACCCGACAGAGCACGACAGAGAACUGAAACUUUGGACUGGCUCCGAAAAGUUCGGAAGAGACCAUCUACUCGCAGCUCCCACUCCCCACAUGAAUCGUCCGAUUCGGAGAUAAGAAUCUUAACCCACGAAAUAAACGUGGUUUAG